CCAUUAAAUCGACAGCCACGGGCUGGUCGGGAUAAUUCUGAAGAUCACAGUGCAGACACCGUGUUUACAGGCAUUGACACCAACAACGAUGGAUUCGUUUCGAAGGAAGAAUUUCGGAACUGGUACAACACCCACGUGUUGCCGCGGCUCCCUGGAGAUUUACAUAUGCCUGCAGAGUCAAUGUCUGAGGACAAAGGCGACCCACCUGUGAUGCGUGAUGAUUGCAAGACGCAGCAAAGUGCAACCGAGAAAAUUCCCAGAGGAGAGUCAUACGUGGACAACCGUACCGCCAUGCUAGUCGCUCUCUGGUCAGGUGCGCCGUUCCUCGGCUUCGGCUUCAUGGACAACUGCUUGAUGCUUCUUUGUGGCGACCUUAUCGACUCCUAUUUGGGCGCCUUUCUGGGCGUCACGACGCUUACAGCAGCAGCACUAGGAAAUUUGUUCUCUUGCACAAGCGGAGUCGUGACAGGACGCUGCGUGGAACAACUCGCAUAUCGAACUGUUUGGUUUCCACGUGUUACCCUGAACGCGGGUCAAGUAGGAUCCCGGCGUGCCUUACGGGCACACACCAUCGGCGCUGUCGCGGGGGUCUGCAUAGGAUGUACCCUUGGAAUGUUUCCACUUCUAUUUCUGGGUAUCAAAAGGAAAGAGUCCAAGCAGACAAAUGACGAAACGAACACAGACCUUUCCUCCCCUCUUCAGGCAGUCGCUGCACCCAAUGGCGGCUCUGCUGUGAAAUAG